GCCAGUCGCGCACUAGCUGUAACCUGCUACUCAUCGCGGGUUUCAAGCAAAUACCAAAAAACACGUGCGCCUUGUCAAAACAGUGGCAAGGAAAUUCAAAAAAAAAAAACAAACAUAAUUCUUUGAAAUUCCGAUAACGCCGGUAAACCACCACCACUUCAAAAAAACACUUUAACUUGUGCACCAACUCCCUUCUUUCUCUCACCGUCUGUGCUUGUGGUUUCCGCAAAUUCCUCUGUGUCUCGUUUAUUAUCAAUAUUAUUAUUAUUUUUUGUUUUUGUUUGUGUUUAUAUUCUUUUUGCGCAAUGUUCGCCCAUGUGACUGUGCCUGUUCUUCCAUAGGUAGACCGUUUAUUGCGAAAGUUCCCUGCCGUGCGAAAACAUUAAACAGAAGUUCUGGACUUACUCUGGAGCAGAAAAUGUCACGACGGAAACAGAGCAAUCCAAAACCGCUUAAAAGCGAUCCUCAUGAAAAGAUAGCGGCCGGCCGGGACUUUCCCGAGGAGGCCGAGAACUUGAAGAAAGGCGAAGACGAGGAAUGGGGAAGCGACGCGAGCGCAAUGGAGACUGAAUCUGCGUCCGCAACGGAGCCCGAGACUCCUGUAGACAAGAAGCCGCAGCUUCCUUCAUCGCCAGCCGAUCAACAGGAAGAACCAGCUCCAAAGGUGUCCGAAGAUGUCAGCACUCCAAGGAUCCGUUUGAAGACUAAUUUAGCUACAGACCCAGCCCUACAGUCGCAAGCCGUUGCUCUCAAACAAGAACACGAAAAUUCCAUAUUAUCAGCUGAAUAUCUUGCAUCGCUCAGAGGCUUUUUACUGCCACAAAAAGCGCUCGCGCUCGCCGAAAAUCGGGGGGUGGCUGACGUUCAAGAUGUAUCAAGGCAACAGAGUAUUCCAAUAUUCUUCUGUCAGCCAUGUGGCAUUCGCUUUUCGUCUUUGAGUACGCUCGAAGCUCAUCAAACGUACUAUUGCUCCCAUCGAAAUAAGAGCGCCGAAGGCGAUGAUAACAAGUCAACAAACGGGGAACCGAACAGCAACCAAUCCGAUCAAGAUCAAUCGGAGAAUGCAUCUAAAGCUCCCCGGACUGGAAAACAAUAUACUUGUUCGCAUUGCUCUUAUAGUGCAGACAAGAAAGUCAGUUUGAAUCGACAUAUGAGGAUGCACACUGUCUCGCCUAGUCCAAGUGUAGCCGUCGUUCCAAAUGGUGAAAUUAACCCAGACACACAAGACCGCUACUGUGCGGAAUGCGAUAUACGAUUUAGUUCUUUAAAAACUUAUCGUGCUCACAAAUCACAUUACUGCAGUUCAAGGCACAUGGUUAAACAAGCGACGACAGGAGCUGCGCCAUCCUCCAGUUCCAAAGCUGCUUCGAGUUGCACAUCGGGUUCAACGCCCACAUCUCCGGUAGACACAUGUAGAUCACCUCAGAGCCCGACGCCACCAUCAAUCCCUACACAGCAACCGUUCUUCGCACUACCCACUGAUCCUAUAAUUAUUGUUCCUUACUCUCUCAUAAGAAGUGCAAGUCUUUUGCCAGGAAAUUUACCAAACAUAUCUGGAAUGCCUACCCCUAACACCCCAUGCUUCCUUUUCCCCAACGGAACCCUCCAACCCAUGACACAGGCUCUGCAGGCAGCCUCUACGCCGGCAACGGAAGUGUUAAAAUCUGCGAAUAAAUCAAAAGAAUUGUCAAUCAAGGAUUCGUCUGCACCAUUAGAUCUUACCGUGCGCAAAACACCCUCACCACAAGAUCUCGUAAUAGAUGAACAAGAGAAAGAAAACGUUAAAAGGACUCCAACGCCGGAGAAAAUUGAAUGCGUACCAUCUCUAGGUUCUCCACCGACCACGCCAGUCUCUCAAACAGGUACUUCGCCUUCACCAAAGAGAAAAUUGGAUCAAUUGGAAUCAUCAUCUCGCAGCAACAGUCCGAGGUUAGCAAGAAUAACACCAAAAGACGAUAGAUUACAGCCGAGUCCAGAAACUAACAACGCUUCACCUUAUGGAAUUUCUGCACCAUUACAUCCUUUUCUAUUACGUGCUGGUACUCUAUCGCUCUUACCGCCAGAAUUUCAAAUGCGCUUAGCUGCUGAUAUACCACCAAUACAAACUACGCCACAAGUACUGGUGAAACAAGGUGUAUCUAAAUGCAAAGAAUGUAACAUUGUAUUUUGCAAGCACGAGAAUUAUAUAAUACACAAAAAGCACUACUGUUCAGCAAGGCUGCAAGAUGAUGAUGGUUCAAAAACGUCUGGCAGUCCUCCAGCUAGUCCUGGUAGCGUAGGAACUACAAGCCCAGCAGCUGCACAAUACCAACAGUUAAUAUGCAUGGCUUGCGGAAUUAAGUUUACAUCAAUUGAUAAUUUGAAUGCUCAUCAGGCAUAUUACUGUUUGAAGCGUAAUGAUUUAGAAGUAAGACGAUGUGGAAAAUGCAGAGUUAUUGCGGACCCUGGUCACCAGUGUGUUCAGAAUAUACCCAUCUCAGGGUGGAAAUGUCCAUGCUGCGAUGUCGUAAGCGCAACAGCGAGCGCUGCUCAGAGACAUAUGGAAUCCCAUGCGGGUGUCAAGGCAUUUAGGUGCACCAUCUGCAGAUACAAAGGAAAUACAUUGAGGGGAAUGCGAACCCACAUAAGAGUCCAUUUCGAUAAGAGGUCGCCAGAUCUACAGGAAGAGAAGUAUAUCUCCUAUAUCUUGGAAGAUGAUGGUACCAAUGUAGUCGAGGUUAACGUCGCUCAAUCGACGAGUGUCCCCGGUGUUAUCGACGAUCGGGCGAUAUCUCCAAGUUCUGAAGGACGUGUUGAACCUUUGCACCAUUGCGCGCUGUGCACAUAUAGUUCAGUGUAUAAAGCAAACGUAAUUCGACACACCAAAUUAGUUCACAACGCGAAUGAUUCGCCAACAAAUGGCAUAGAAGAAAAACCGGCUCGAAGCCCAAAUUCUGUUGAAGAGGAAGAAAUUGUUGUUAAGAAGGAAGCAAUUGAGCCCGAAGUUAUCAUUGCGCCAGUAGAGGAACCUAUCAAGCAGGAAUUGAUAGAUGACCAGAUGAAAACUAUUGCGUACAGCGAUGCAGAAAUUCUGCAGGAAGCUUCAAAAAUUGGACCGAAAUAUUGCAAAUCCUGCGAUAUAUCAUUUAACUAUUACAAAAGUUUUAUUGCUCACAAGAAGUUUUACUGCUCUAGUCAUGUAGGGGAAGUGACGACAACAUCCACAAAUAAUAACAACGCCCCUGCUAGACCAGCAGAAGCUUCAGUGCUAUAAAAAUGUAAAAUGAAAGUAAAAUAAUCUCAUUUGUUGAAGGUCUGAACAUUGUAUAGAAAUACUUUCUGUUAUAUUAUAAUCAUAAGUGAUUCAAAGACAAAAUAUUCAGUGUUAAUAUGGGCCAGUCCUAAUGUAUACGCGUAUAUUCUGUUAUGUAGUUUAAAAAAGAAAUGUAGAUAAGUGCGACUGGGAUACGUUGAGUGCUUUUGAGUCCUCAAUUUGCAAUAUUUUAUUAAUAUUAUUGUAUA